AUGCAAAAGUCUUGUGAAGAAAAUGAAGGAAAACCACAGAAUAUGCCAAAGGCCGAAGACCACCCUUCAGAAGAAGUGCCGAGGGAGGCAGAAAGCAGUCCUCCGCCUUCAGAGGAAGGUGUGAGCCAGGAAGCAGAAGGAAACCUGGGAGGCGGGCUGACUCAGCCUGUCCAGGCAUUUAAAGAGGACACUCCCGUCAGGCAUUUGGACCCUGAAGAGAUGCUAAGAGGAGUAGAUGAGAUGGAGAGGCUGAGGGAAGAAAUAAGAAGAGUCAGAAACAAGUUUGUGAUGAUGCAUUGGAAGCAAAGACAUUCACGCAGACGACCUUAUCCUGUGUGCUUUAGGCCUUGA